AUGGCAAAUAUAUCAGAAGUAACAAGGUAUUAGAAUAUCCUUGAUUCUUUGAUGAGACAUUUUUUCAGGCAGCCUUGAAAUGCAGCAUAAUGUUCUGAUGUUAAAUGUAAGCUCUAGUUACCAUCGUUGUAUUCACAAUCUUGCAGAGGACUAAAGGACUUGGUAAAACUAGAAUCAAGUAUGAUGCUGCUGUCGCAGACGUUAUGGAGUUAGUCAACACGAUGAUAAACCCUUUCUAUAACGAGUAUCCAUCCCUUGUGCAUUUCUGUAAUGGAUCUGUCGCCUCUGAUGAUGUUGAAUCUGACAUAAAGAACAUCUACGAAAGAGGUGAAGCUGCAGCAGUGAGUUGUAUAGAGACAAAUAUCCUUUCGGAGAAUCCUGAUAUCUACACGCCAAUUAAGAAGAUGAAUUUACGAACAUCACUUCCAUGA